AUGAGAGACAAAUUAGAGAAGAAGAAAGAUAAGAGAAAGUCAAAGAUCUCAGCAUCACGCAAGCUCCUUCUAAAGAGUUUGAUGCUUGCUAAAGCGGUAGAGGAACUGGAUCAGGAAAAUGCUGAAAAAGAAGAAGAAAAGUCACGAUAUCUAGCAGAGAGGGUUCCUCCUAUUCGGACCAGUGGACUGUCUUUUGCCCAGUUACAGGAACUUUGCAGAGAACUACACGACAAGAUUGAAAUCGUGGAUGAAGAGAGAUAUGAUAUUGAAGCAAAAGUUAUUCACAACACAAGAGAGAUCCAAGAUCUGAACAUGAAAGUUUUUGACUUGAGAGGGAAGUUCAAACGACCAAAUCUAAGGCGUGUUCGAGUGUCAGCAGAUGCCAUGUUACGUGCUUUGCUUGGUUCUAAACAUAAAGUGUCUAUGGACCUGAGGGCCAAUCUGAAGUCAGUAAAGAAAGAGGAUAAAGAGGAUAAGGAGCGUCCUGUGGGUGACUGGAGGAAGAAUGUGGAAGCAAUGUCUGGGAUGGAAGGCAGGAAGAAAAUGUUUGAUGCAGCAAAGGCUACCCCAGCACAAUGAGAUGGCAGUCUUGUUCCAAGUAUUUCAGAAGCACCUGCUUUGUUCAUCUAUGACAUCAUAUGUUCUUUAUAUGCAGUUCAUUUUCUCUCUAUCUCUGAUUGGUGUAUUAUUCUGUCAAAACUGCAGUGAGCAUUAAAUGUUAUCUGUGAAACAAAACUUUUCAAACUUGCUUCUCAGCACUCAAGAGUCUUUAGUUAUCUGUAGGUUAUGAGAUUUUUUUUAAAUGUACAUGUGCUUGUGUUAGCAGAAUGGAACAGUGGAAUUUCAAAAAGACAAGUAUGGCUUCUAAUAAAAUUGCAACAGUGUUUGA